CGUCAUGGUGAAAAGGUUGUCGUUGAACAUGGAGUGGCAGUAGUGAAUCUCCGUGUUAGUGUGUCCGCUUUGAGGCAACCGUAGAAGAAAGCGGGCUCGCUGAUGUCACUCACGCCAAUAAGUUAGUUAGCCCAAAGUAGCUAGCGCAGGGUUGGAGAUUGUUACGAGUCCGGUGCCUUUUGUCGCCUUUCCCUUUAAGGCUGGUGUCGAAAGAUGCGGCGCGGGGAGCAUGUGCCGCACGCGUUCCAGGCCCCGGUGGACGUCCACGCCAGCGCCGACGGCCAGGUGUACAUGUUCAAGAGGAAAGCCAACGGCACGGCCGCGUCGUCAGACGAUGAAGACGAGGAGGUGGAGGAACUCGGUCUGAUGGAAAUGAGACCUCGCGUGUUCCAAGAGCCCGAACAGGACAGGCUGGGGAAUUUCCACCUGCUGGAACGGGACGUGCUGGACGGCGACAAUCUCAACAAGCUGGCGUUGCAGUACGGAUGCAAGGUGGCAGACAUAAAGCGCGUGAACAACCUCAUACAGGAGCAGGAUUUAUUUGCACUGAAAUGCAUCAAAAUUCCUGUUCCCAAGCACAGCUUUUUAACGGAAUCGCACGCAGACCCGAGUGACUAUUUAGAGGAAAUGCCCAUCAGGGACCAGCCGCACAGACACCAGGUUAUGGACUUCUGCACUGAAGUGGACAACGACACGGAGAAGCUAAUCCCGACCACGGACAACCGCGACGUGGAGCUGUUGGGCGAUGUACCCAAAAUAUCGGGCCCAAGAGGACAGAAGGGCCAAGGGGCAGACUGGGGCAUCCAGUGGUGGAACGCCGUGGUGGCUAUGCUGCUCAUCGGCAUCAUACUGCCCUUGUUUUACGUUAUUUACUUCAAAACCAAACACAGUGGUGCAGCCUCGCCGCCAGAUGGCAGUGUCACGUCAUCUCCCGUCACGUCAAACAACCCCGGGACCGGCGCCUUUGGUACCGCUGGACCUGAGCCAGGAUAGAACUCCCCCUCUAGUUUGCAUAAAGCCAAAUGUCUUGAACAUCACAUGCAAUACCUGCCUCGUCUUCUGUUAAAGUCGGCCAUUUGCAAUCCAUUGCAAUCAUGUCAACUUAAAAUUCGUCAAUAACAUCUUGCCAGUAAUUGUUACUGUUCUGCAUGUUGUUUUAUGGUAAGUAUUUUUGUGUUUUCGUAGCUAUUUAAAAACACAUCUCCAGCUACAGUGUUGUCCCUCAUAUUUGCGGUUCACUUUCACAGCUACUUUUUCUUUCUGUGGAAUCGAUUCUCAACUUUUUGCUGAAAAACUAACAUGACGUUUUUUGUCCUCAUCGGAAACACCCUACGAUUCCACGGGAUGGCGCCAAAGCCCUGUCUAACAGAAAGGUACUGCAGUGGGGCCCGUAUAUUGGCAGUUUAGUGACAAAGAACUAUGUUGAAAUGAGGAAAGGAGCUUCUAUUCGAGACCAAAGCACUAUUUAUUACAUACACAUUAAUAGUGCGGUGUACUGGCAUCUAAAGGUAAUUACAAACCUUUUUAAGGACAUCAAUUAUUACUGUACAGCAGGGGACACCAACAUGGUUAUCCCCAAAGACCACGAGUAGUCUGCAGGCCUGCUCUAAAAAUGGCUCACCAAUGAUGGGACAGUGUGAUCUUUUAGGAAUACUGUAGUAGUGAUUAUUUUAAAAUGUAAACACUUGCCGGGAUUUACAGAAAUGAAGUGUUGCAUAUUGACAAUUGUUUCUUACUGUGUUACAUCAUUGUUGAUAAUUAGUGUGAGAGAGCAAUAAAGCCUCGGCAGCAUCUUGUGGCAUCAUUGAGCGUUUCAGAAAGACGACAAACUGCAAAUAGUCCGUUUUUCAGCAAAUAACUGAAUAGGUUAGACAGGAAAAAAAACAAAACUGGUGAAUAUGGGAGGAUACUGUAUCGUGGCUUGUUUUCUAGGAAAUUAAGGUGUGUGUAUCAGGUGUUGACUCAAACCGCUGUACAUCAUGAGUGUGUUGUUUUUAAAGUUAUGUUUUUAUUUUCUGUGUUUAUAUAUGUCGAUUCAUUUUGCAUUGUUCACUUGGGCUGGAUUUACACUACAGGUCCAAGUUAGCGGCUGUCAGCCGUCAGGUCCCAAUUCUUAUUUUAAUGCCUACAUUUUUUCUUUUGGUUUAUUUUCAUGUGCAUUUCAAGUGACCAAACGCUUCAAAUGACUAACAUUUUUUUCAUCUGGAAAAAAAUCUUUCAACCUAUUUUCCCCAUUCUUCACUAAUCGGCAGCAGAACAAAGUGGUGUGAAAAAGUAUUUGACCCAUUCCCUAAUUCUUAUUUAUUUAGCAGUUUCCCCACUUUGUUUAUCAUUAAACAAAUGUAAAUAUCAGACACAAAUAACCCAGGUAAACAAAGUGCCAUUUUUAAGUGCUGAUUUUUAUAUUAUUGUUCAAUAUUAUAUAUUGAAUAAUUCAAAGCGACUUGGGCCUGUGUGAAAAAGUAAUUUUCCCCCUUGUUAAAUCAUGAAUUAACUGUGGAUAAUCACAUUUUUUGAAAAGCUGAGUUCAUUUUCACUGACCACACACAAGCCUGAUUACCUCCAGAUCUGUUCAACCAAGAAAUCACUUACAAAGAACCUGUCUGACAAAAUUAAGUUGGGUAAAAGAUCUCAAAAAGCUCCAACAAAAUGUAACGAUCCAAAUCAAUUCAAGAACAGAUGGGAAAUAAAGAAAUCAGUUUGGAAAAGGUUACAAAGCCAUUUCUAAAGUUUUGUCACUCCAACAAACCAUGGUGAGAGCCUUUGUCCACAAAUGACGAAAACAUGCAACAGUGAUGAACGUUCUGUAGGCCUCCGUCAAGGUGAGGAAGAGUGGGCCAAAAUUUCUCCACCCAGAUGUGAAAGAUUCAUUGCCGGUUUAGUUGGGUUAUCUUUUUCUGAUAUGUAUAUUUCUUUGUUGAUCUUAAACAUAAAAGUGGGGAAACUAUGCAAAAAAAACAAAACUUCAGAAUAGAAAUACUUUGUCACAGCACUCUAGGUUGGUUCCACCAAAAACAUCUGAUUCUGACCCCAGAAAAAUUGAGAAAAUGAGAUUUAUGUAUGUCAAGCAGAGCAGAACUAUUUCUUGAAGCAAGCCCCGUAUCUGCAACUUCUUCCUCCUCUACCUGCGCCCACACAUCACUUUGCAGUGUAGAACUUUACUAGCCUAUGCAUGAAAUUCAGGGGUUUUACACACCCCUUGGUUUCUGGCUCUGUACCGCACGCGUUGAAUAUGCACAGCUGUAACAGAUGUGUGAUGUAACAAACAAUUUGGACCAGUUCAACUUUCGGAUGAAGGGGUAGUAUGUUAGUCCCACCCCUAGUUAGUCCUUACCUACAUAACCUUCUGGAGCGUCUGCUGUUGAUCCAGAGGGCAACCACUCUGGCGAAUCCGGGUCAAGUUCGCAAGGGUCCCGCAUACAGGAGAGGUGGGCUGAGGUGAACUGGAUUGUCAAGGAAUCUCGCUACGUGGCCCGGGGUCAAUCAACAGGUUUUUUUUUGUCACGGCACUUAUCCCCAAAGUGUCAUCCUUUCUUCGUCUCGAUAUCCUCAGUCAUUUUUCACGAUCGAGACACUCAUUAGUUUCAUCACAACACAUACUCUGUGUGAGUUGUUUAUACUAGUCUGAUUUUCACAUUUUUGCCAGUUUUCUGUCUGAUAGUCUCAGCUUUUCAUGACUUUCUCUGCUUAUCUCACAUCCAAAGCACUGCUGCCAUCUACUGGCAUCUGUGUGUCAUCACAGUACAGUACAAGCUUGCAAUUCGCAAACAAGCUGCGCCACACCCUCCUUCACCCCUCCCCAGUCAUAAACAAACUUGAUGUCAAUAGCAAUAAAGUUUGAGUCCAGUGCCAGUGAAUGAGUUAAUACAACUGAACUGUAGCUACUCUAGGGAAGAUUCUCAGUCAAGACAAUGGAUGGAUGGAUGGAUGGAUGGAUGUACUUCGGCAGUGAUUAUUUCACGUACCACAAGGAGCCCACUUUCCACUUUGGGAAUCAUUGGUCUAUACUGUUUGUGUCAUUUAGAUUUACAGAAGGUGUCAUUUAUAUUGUUUGUGCAGAUGUGGGUGUUUAUUAUCACCAACUGGCAUAUUUUGAUGACAUCAAGCUCGCAUCAAGGCGGAAUAUCCCAUCUGUGCAUUUACACGGAACUCGCAUUGGCAGAUACCCAAUUAUGUAUCAGAUCUUUAUCAACAUUUGCAAGAAAGCUGAUUCCGUUCUGAAGAUUUUCAAUUCCGUGCAUUGUUUCCAUUCGUCUACGUUGCCAUGACUCAUCCCAAUUGCAUCACUUGUUGUAUGUAAUGUAAAUCCAGCCUUGUUGCUCGUGCCGAGUCGACCGGAAUGGCAUGCCAAACGUGUGAACUGCAUUUACAAAAGCACAAUUCAGUGCGAUGAUGUACAGUGGGUACGGAAAGUAUUCAGACCCCCUUAAACGUUUCACUUUUUAUAUUGCAGCCAUUUGCCAAACUCAUUUAAGUUAUUUUUUUCCUCAUUAAAUGUACACACAGCACCCCAUUGACAGAAAAAAAAAAAACAAUUGUUGAAAUGUUUGCAGAUUUCUUAAAGAAAAACUGAAAUAUCACACAGCCAUAAGUAUUCAGAGCCUUUGCUCAGUAUUUAGUAGAAGAACCCUUUUGAGCUAAUGAGUCUAAUGAGCCAUGAGUCUUUUUGGGAAUGAUUCAACAAGUUUUUCACACCUGGAUUUGGGGAUCCUCUGCCAUUCCUCCUUGCAGAUCCUCUCCAGUUCUAUCAGGUUGGAUGGUAAAUGUUGGUGGGCAGCCAUUUUCAGGUCUUUCCAGAGAUGCACAAUUAGGUUUAAGUCAGGGCUCUGGUUGGGCCAUUCAGAAACCGUCACAGAGUUGUUCUGAAGUCACUCCUUCAGUAUUUAAGCUGUGUGCUUAGGGUCAUUGUCUUGUUGGAAGGUGAAGGGGUCUCCCUGUCCCUGCAGGUGAAAAACACCCCCACAGCAUGAUGCUGCCCCCACCAUGCUUCACUGUUGGGACUGUAUUGGACAGAUGAUGAGCAGUGCCUGGUUUUCUCCACACAUGCCACUUAGAAUUAAGGCCAACAAUUUCUAUCUUGGUCUCAUCAGACCAGAGAAUCUUAUUUCUCCCCAUCUUGGAGUCAUUCAGGUGUUUUUUAGCAAACUCCAUGCAGGCUUUCAUGUGUCUUGCACUGAGGAGAGGCUUGCGUCGGGCCACUCUGCCAUUAAGCCCCGACUGGUGGAGGGCUGCAGUGAUGGUCGACUUUCUAGAGCUUUCUCCCAUCUCCCGACAGCAUCUCUGGAGCUCAGCCACAGCGAUCUUUGGGUUCUUCUUUACCGCUCUCACCAAGGCUCUUCUCGCCCAAUUGCUCAGUUUGGCCAGACGGGCCAGCUCGAGGAAGGGUUCUGAUCGUCCCAAACGUCUUCCAUUUAAGGAUUAUGGAGGCCACUGUGCUCUUAGGAACCUUAAGUGCAGCAGAAUGUUUUUUGUAACCUUGGCCAGAUCUGUGCCUUGCCACAAUUCUGUCUCUGAGCUCUCCAGGCAGUUCCUUUGACUUCAUGAUUCUCAUUUGCUCUGACAUGCACUGUGAGCUGUAAGGCCUUAUAUAGACAGGGGUGUGGCUUUCCUCAUCAAAUCCAAUCAGUAUAAUCAAACACAGCUGGCUGGACUCCAAUGAAGGUGUAGAACCAUUUUAAGGUUGAUCAGAAGAAAUGGACAGCACCUGAGUUAAAUAUAUGUGUGUCACAGCAAAGGGUCUGGAAUACUUAUGGCUGUGUGAUAUUUUAAGUUUUUCUUUUUUAAUAAAUCAAAAAUUUCAACAAUUACGUUUUUUCUGUCAAUAUGGGGUGCUGUGUGUACAUUAAGGAGGGAAAAAUGAACUUAAAUGGUUUUAACAAGUGGCUGCACUAUAACAAAGAGUGAAAAAUUUAAGGGGGUCUGAAAACGUUCCGUACCCACUGUACAUGUGAUGUGUUUCCACUUUUUAGUUUGUAACUUAAAGAAUAAUAAGUUAACACAGGGUGCCUUAAGCAUUCACUGCUAAAUUCAUAUUCUGAAAUGUGCAACUUUUUUGGACAUUGUAAAACUUGAGGGAGUUUUGAUUAUAUCUUAACAAAAUUAGCCUUGAACAUGGAUAUGGCUUAAUGACUGUUUUUUAAUGGUUU